UUGUCAUUCACCAAUCAUCGCCGCUGCUAUGGGGGUGUAAAAAGGACUGACAUCCAUAGAAGAAAGACACAUUAUCAGGCUAAACUAACGGUUUAUGGAUUUCAUGAUGAUGAAGAAAAAGAAAUUCAAGUUUAAAGUGGAUUUCGAGCUAGAUGAGCUCUCUUCUGUCCCCUUUGUCAACGGUGUCCUGUUUUGUAAAGUCCGACUCCUUGAUGGUGGUUUCUCCGAGGAGUCGUCUCGGGAGCCGGUCCAUGCUAACUGUGUACGCUGGAAGAAGAGGUUCUCCUUCCCCUGUAAGAUGAGUGCCACCGCUGGGACGGGCGUGCUUGACCCCUGUGUGUGCCGCGUGUCUGUCAGGAAGGAGCUAAAGGGUGGGAAGACGUACGCAAAGCUUGGCUUUGCAGACCUAAACCUGGCUGAGUUUGCUGGUUCUGGGAACACGACACGUAGAUGUCUACUGGAAGGUUACGACACCAAGAACACCCGGCAGGACAACUCCAUACUCAAGGUUAUCAUCAGCACACAACUGAUGUCCGGGGACCCCUGUUUUAAAACGCCUCCUUCCACAGGCACAUUCAUCGGCGUCCAGGGAGAUGCAGAGAGCCUCCUGGAAGAGAGGAAGGGAGGGGACAACCAGAAGGCCUUCAUGGAGAGCCGAGAAGGAAAGUGUCCCUCUGUUUCCGAUGAACUUGGGGGCUCCUGCCAUUCCCGAACAUCCAGCUACGCUAGUCAGCAGUCUAAAGUCUCAGGCUACAGCACAGGUCACUCCCGCUCCUCCAGCCUGUCAGAGUGUACCCAUCGCAGGAACACUUCUGUGGGCAGCGCUUCCACCGGCAUCGCCAGCAUCCUGGAGCCCUCUGAUGACACUAGGGACACCAGGGACCAGAGGGAGAGCAGGGACCGGGAGAGGGGAGACAGGGAAGCCAGGAUGGGGAUGAUGCCCCCUACUGCUGGGGCGUCAGCCUGCACAGCCCUGCCUGAACACCCCACCCCCACCAGUACCAUUGGUUCCUGUACAGGCACUCCGGUGAAGAGCGCCUCGUCCUGCGAACGCCUCAACAGACACCUGGUGAAGCAAGGGUCCAUGGAGGGUCAGAUGAUGAGGGUGGAGGCAUCGAGGGUGGAUGCUGAUGACGUGGUGGAGAAGAUCCUUCAGAGUCAAGACUUCACCCCCAGCCUGCUGGACUCCAGCCAUGAAGAGGAAGGCCUGCGGUUGUUUGUCGGUCCCGGAGGAAGCACUGCCCUUGGAAGCCAUCACCUGCCUACCAGGGUUGGCGCUGGUGCAUAUGAACAGGUGGUGAUUAAACGUUAGGCCUAAACCCCACCGGGAGGAUGAGUGGCACAGCUGACAUCCAACAGAACCAUCAGUGGUUUUUAUCUUUAAUUCCAGCAAGCACAUUUUAUCCAACCGAACUGGCCUGUCAGAAAUGGACUGCAACAGAGCCCUCUGGUGUGCUUACAGACUAUGUGCACUGUCUGUUGUCCCCUGUUAGAUUAGCUCAGUGAAGUCAAGAA